AUGGACAGUGUGGAACUUUUUGAAUUGGAAAGUAGUGAAUAUAUGAUAACCCAAAUUGUUAAUAAUGCUACUUUCUACCUGACAGUAGAUGCAUAUGACAUUCCUAGAUAUAUAAUUUUGGAAAUAUAAUUUACAUACCCCAAAGACGGAGAUGUGAACUUCCUUAUGUCAGUCGGGAGAAAUCAAUUAACCAAAUUGGAAAACUCUAAUAUCAUAACUACAUAUGCUGAUUAUAAUGGUUUUUAUCUCCAUAAAAACUAUCAUAAUAUUAUCAUUCCAGCUAAUUCAUUCAAAUCAGGAGAUAAGUUCUACUUAACCAAUUUAAUAAGAAAUGAUAGACGCACAUAUUAAUACUUUCUUAAAAUACGAAAAUUACCAUACCAACCUUGUCCCAAAAAUUGUUCUUCAGAUUCAGGUAAAUGUUUUGAUGGAAUAUGUUCAUGCAAUGAGAAUAUAAUUGAUUUAGAUUGCUCUAAGGAAGGUUAAGCUAUAAAAUUGGACGAGAAAAUUGAAAAUUUGACAAUAUUAGGGACUAAAUACUUUUAUUUUUAAUAACCUACAUAAUUAGAAAAAAUUGUGUUUGAAAUGGGUUUGGAAAAAGAUUAUUAGUAAGAGAUUACUUAAGUCACUCUUUAUUACAUGUUUGAGAAUUUUAUAUACGGUGUUCCAACUCAAUAUUAUACGAAUUUCACUUUCACAAAAGAUCUAAUGUCUAAUUCAAUAAAGUUCGAUGUCUCAAAAUUAACUUAUAAUUCAAAUCUAUUAAGAUUUAAUCGUCUGAUUUUUGGUCUAGUUACAGAGAAAGAGGUGAGAUGUAAUUUUUAUAUUACUUCAAAUUCAUCUAAUGAAUCAAAUGAUGCUGACUUAAAUAUAAUACUAUUUGUUACAAUUUCAAUCGUGCUUUUUAUAAUCUUUUUGAUCAUUUUCAUUGUCAUAAUUAGACGCAGAUUUAUUGCGAGAUAACAGAAUUUACGUAUAAUUCCAGAUUAAGAAGUUAAUCUUUCAAUUUAAUUUUUAACAAGAUACAUGAAAAAAGCUGCAAAAAGAAAAAAAGAUCAAUAAACUUGUUCAAUUUGUUUGGAUGAUAAAAAGGGUGAUCUGAGAUAAACACUUUGCAAACAUCAAUUUCAUGUUGAUUGUCUAUAUAACUGGUUAAUUAAGUGUGAGGCACAAUAUAAAUGUCCAAAUUGCCGAGAAAUUAUUGAUUUAGAAAAAAUAAAAAAGUCUUUCAAACCUAAAUCCUGUCAAGUAAUGGAUGUUAGUUAAGAUAGCAGUUUAGAUUAAAUGAUCGAUUGA